UUAUAAAUACUAACAAUCUUAAUAAAAAGUUCUCGAGGCAAAUAAAAGUAUUGGAUGUUAUCUAUUUUAUACUUUAUCUGUGCUUCUAUUUCGCGCCAAAAAACCAUAACGAAUAGAAUAAGAAAGAUUAAUAAUUAUUGCAAUUUUAAAUAUAAUCAAAUUAUUGUGAUUUAAAAAUGGUUGGAAAAGGAAGAAUGUAUGUAAUAAAACGCGAUGGACGCAAAGAAGAUGUUCAUUUCGACAAAAUUACAUCUAGAAUAUCUAAAUUAUGUUAUAAUUUAGAUAUGGAUUAUAUAGAUCCUUCUGCAAUCACUUUUCGUGUUAUCAGUGGUUUAUAUUCAGGUGUAACUACUGUUGAAUUAGAUAAUCUUGCAGCUGAAACAGCAGCAACUAUGACUACCAAACAUCCAGAUUAUGCAAUAUUAGCUGCACGAAUUGCAAUUUCUAAUCUUCAUAAAGAAACAACAAAAAGUUUUAGUGAAGUAAUGUAUAAUUUAUAUCAUGUAAAGGAACAAUAUACAAAUAAUCAAAAACCAGUUAUUAGUGAGAAAUAUUACAAUAUCAUACAAAAAAAUGCAAAUAAGUUAAAUUCUGCAAUAAUUUAUGAUAGAGAUUUUAGUUAUAAUUAUUUUGGUUUCAAAACGCUUGAAAGAAGUUAUUUAUUAAAAAUACAUGGAAAAGUAGUUGAAAGACCACAGCAUAUGUUAAUGAGAGUUGCAGUUGCUAUCCAUGGUGAAGAUAUUGAUAAAGCUAUAGAAACUUAUAAUUUUUUAUCAGAACGUUAUUUUACACAUGCAUCUCCAACACUUUUUUCUGCAUGUACUAGGCAACAGCAAAUGUCUAGUUGUUUUUUAUUAACAAUGAGUGAAGAUAGUAUUGAAGGAAUUUACGAUACAUUAAAAAGAUGCGCACUCAUUAGUAAAUCAGCUGGUGGUAUUGGACUUAAUGUACAUUGUAUUCGAGCAAGAGGUACACCAAUAGCUGGUACACUUGGUGUAUCUAAUGGUUUGAUUCCAAUGAUUAGAGUAUACAAUAAUACAGCUCGAUAUGUUGAUCAAGGAGGAAAUAAAAGACCUGGAGCAUUUGCUAUAUAUUUAGAACCAUGGCAUGCAGAUAUUUUUGAAUUUCUAGAUCUUAAAAAAAAUACUGGUAAAGAAGAAAAUAGAGCUAGAGAAUUAUUCUAUGCUCUAUGGAUACCUGAUCUUUUUAUGAAACGAGUUUUGGAUAAUGGUAUAUGGACUUUAAUGUGUCCACAUGAAUCUCCUGGUCUAGCUGAUGUUUGGGGCAAUGAAUUUGAAAUUCUUUAUACACGGUAUGAAAAUGAGAAAAGAUAUAAACGACAAAUUCAAGCUAGAGAUUUAUGGACAGCUAUUCUUAUUUCUCAAGUUGAAACAGGAACUCCAUAUAUGCUUUAUAAAGAUCAUUGCAAUCGCAAAUCAAAUCAUCAAAAUAUAGGAACAAUAAAGAGUAGUAAUUUAUGUACAGAAGUUGUGCAGUAUUCCAGUCCAGAUGAAGUUGCUGUGUGUAAUUUAGCUUCAAUUGCUGUUAAUAUGUUUGUAAAUCCCAAUAAUCAAACAUUUGAUUUUCAAAAACUUCUGAAAGUAACAAAAAUUGUUACUUGUAAUCUCGACAAAAUUAUCGAUGUCAAUUAUUAUCCUAUUCCAGAAGCGAGAAAGUCAAAUUUUAGACAUAGACCUAUAGGUAUUGGAAUUCAAGGUCUUGCAGAUGCAUUUCUUUUAAUGCGUUAUCCAUUUGAAAGUGAAGAGGCACAAAAACUUAAUAUUCAGAUAUUUGAAACAUUGUAUUAUGGUGCUUUAGAAGCCAGCUGUGAACUUGCUGAAGAAAAAGGUACAUAUGAAACUUAUGAAGGUAGUCCAGUAAGCAAAGGAAUUUUACAAUACGAUAUGUGGAAUGUUAUUCCAACUAAUUUAUGGGAUUGGACUAUUUUAAAAAAAAUUGCUAAAUAUGGAGUUAGAAAUUCUUUGUUAAUUGCACCGAUGCCAACAGCAUCAACAGCACAAAUUUUAGGAAAUAAUGAAUCUAUAGAACCAUACACCAGCAAUAUUUACACAAGAAGAGUUCUGUCAGGAGAGUUUCAAGUUGUAAAUCCUCAUUUAUUACGAGAUUUAACUGAAAGAGAUCUUUGGGAUGAGGAUAUGAAAAAUGAAAUUAUAGCAAAUAAUGGCUCUAUACAAGACAUAGAACGUAUACCAGAUGAUUUAAAAAUGCUUUAUAAAACAGUUUGGGAAAUACCACAAAAAAUAAUUUUAAAAAUGGCAGCAGAUCGUGGUGCAUUUAUAGAUCAAUCACAAUCAUUAAAUGUUCAUAUGGCAAAACCAACAACAGAAAAACUUACUUCAAUGCAUUUUUAUGGAUGGAAAAUGGGUUUAAAAACUGGCAUGUAUUAUUUAAGAACAAAACCAGCAGCAAAUGCUCUUCAAUUUACAGUUGAUAAAUCCAAAUUACGAAAUAUAACCAACAUUACUUCUAAUCAAUCUAUUAAUUCUGAAAAUGAUAAUAAUGAAGAACUUAAUAAUAGUUCUCAAAAUGGAUGGUUACAAGAUCAAAAUAAAGAAGAUGUAGACAUAGUACUCGCAUGUUCUCGCGAAAAUGGAGAUGCAUGCAUGGCCUGUGGAUCAUAAAUACGAUUUUCUUAUUAUUUAAAAUUAUAUAUAUUGUAUUUAAAUUACGAUUUUUAUUUAAAAUUAUAAAUGAAAAUUAUUUCAUAUUUUUAUGAGUAUUGCUUUUCAGUAUGUAUUUUAUAAUAAUAUGGUGUUGAAAAAUUCUGAAAUAAAUAAAAUCUGUUAUUAAUUAAU